AUGUAUUUCUCAACUGCUUCCGUCGUCCUGGGCCUCGCCUCCCUCGCCGCCGCCCAGCUGCCCGCCGUCCCGAUCGUCCAGAAGAUCGCGCCUACGGCCACGUCCUGCGCGGACACGUCGCCCUCGAGCGAGUGCCGCACCGCCGAGCAGGCGGCGCCCUUCAUCGCCAAGAGCAUGUCCGACUACGGCAUCUACACCACGCCCGAGAUGGCCGCCAUCGUCUCCCUCAUGGCCCUCGAGUCGGGCGAGUUCAAGUACAAGCACAACAUCUCCCCCGGCCGCGCUGGCCAGGGCACCGCCAACAUGCAGAUGGCGCAGUUCAACCUGGCGUAUGCCAUGAGCAUCCCCGCCCUCAAGGACAAGGUGUCCCAGUUCACCACCGUCGACGGCCUGGCCGACGCCGACCUCAACUCGAUCCUGGCCCUGGUCCAGCCCGACGAGUACAACUUUGCCAGCGGCGCCUGGUACUACAAGACGUACUGCGAAUCGACUGUCCAGGCGGCCUUCAACGCGAAUCCCGAUGAUGGAUUUACCAAGUACAUGGCGUGUGUUGGAGCGGCGGUUUCGGAUGACCGCCUGGCGUACUGGAACAAGGCCAAGGAGGCUUUUGGCAUCAACUGA